UAAACAACAAUCAACAUGGAGCAACACAUGGAUAACAAUAAAAUUGCAAACCAAUUGCCAUCGUCGUCGUCAUCCUCCGUGUGGCGCAACUUUGAGGCGCGCGUUUUAAAGUCGACGGUGAACAGCGUCUGCCUCGACUGGACACAACAUGACAAUGCCCGUGUCUACAGCAUUGAGAAGUAUCACAAACGUUACGACUGGCAGCAGGUGGCCUGGACAAGCACAAGUCCACACACCAUCGACAAAUUGGAGGAGAAUUUCGGCUAUCGACUGCGCAUCAAGGCGUUGCAAUUGGUCGAUGGAGAAGGAGAGGGAGAGGAAGAGGCAGAGAAUUGCAGCCACUAUGAGAUACUCGCCAUUUCACCGGAUGUCAUUGCCUGCACAGAAGCUGCGCCGCCCUCGACAAACUGUUUGCAUCGCGCCAUCCGCAAAUCGCAGCAAUUUCUGGUGAAGCGCAUGUUGCGUCGUAGGCCAAGUCUGGUCGAUUAUCCCGGUCCGAAUGGCUUUCUACCGCUGGCCAAUGCAAUUAUUCAGGGUGAGAUGUGUAUUAUCGAUGUGCUGCUCUCAUCCGGCUGCAGUGUUCACCUCGGGAAUCCACAAAACGGACGCACGCCAUUGCAUCUGGCCUUCUACCAUGGUCAUCUGCCCUCAGCGCGGAUACUGUUGAAUAAAAAGGCACAGCUGGAGGCGGUUGACUGCAAUGGCAUGACACCAGCGCACUGUGCCGUUGAUGCCAAUCAGCUGGAAAUGGUGAAAUUUGCACUCGAAUCGGGCGCAAAUUUGGAGGCCAGAGAUGCCUGUGAGUGGACGCUACUGAUGCGUGCAGUGGUGAUGGAUGCAAGCCUGGAGCUUAUCAAGUUGCUGGUGACGCACGGCGCCAACUUGUUGGCCGUGGAUGGCCUGGGCAAAAGCUGCAGCGAUUUGGCCAAACUUUAUCGCCGACAGCAGGCUGGGGAUUAUUUCGACAAGGUGCACACGUUUCGACUGGAAAAGGCAGCAAAGGCAGCAAAGGCAGCAGCACUAAAUGCGGCAAAACAGGCAACCACAAAGGGAUUAAGUGCAGCGGUCGACGUAAUAGGAUAGAAAAGAGCUACACCAAACUAAUGAGAAUGUAGUCUGCGUUUUUAUUAAAGUUUUGCCAC